AGUUCAUUUGGGUUUCGUGUAAAAAUUCGUUUCGUCGUGUUUUUUUUAAAUUUAACUUUGAUUAAAAUUUUAUUUUUUUGCUCUCAUUAUGUUUUUUGGUGGAGACUCGGACUUUCAGAGGUUGCUCAGGGAGAACGGCUUUGACCGAAGUGAUCUGCGCGCUGAAGUGGAACUGAAUUGCACUCACCCCGCCAUUCUGGAGUUUCCCAACUUCAUGAGAAGGAAGAGUAUCGCGUCGGCGGUGAUUUGUUUUCUACUCUGCAUGUAUUUGUUCAUCCUUCUGGCAAUUGUGUGUGACGACUAUCUCGUGCCCUCCAUGGAGCGGCUGUGCUACACACUUCGCUUGACCUAUGAUGUGGCUGGUGCAACUUUCCUGGCAGCGGCCACCUCGGCCCCAGAGCUCUUCGUUGCAUUCGUCGGCACUUUUAUCCCAAAUUUCGAAUUUGUAAAUGCAAUCGACUCUGGAAAGCACUAUGAUAAAGAGGGACGCUCUGAGGGAACGACGACAGUGAAGAAGGCACCAGUAGCUCUUAUGACAAGGAGCCUCGAAAAGUGCUCAACUUCCACUGGCAUAGCCUUCAUCCCAGAACUAUGGGAAAUGAUGGCAGUCAGAACCAAUACAUUAGAUUCUACAUCGGAUGCAAUACAGUGCUUCAAACUGGUGACCCAAAUUGUCCCAUUCUGA